AACACACACAAGAUCCUCCCUUAUUCAAACGUGACAGUGUUUUUGACGUUUCUUAUCCCAUCCACCGUGUAUUGAACAUUAUGUAUGUUGUAAUGAAUGAUUUGUGUGUUGUGAUCCGCCGCCCGCUGAUAAGGUGAUGGAGAGGCCCAGCAAACUCCGCGCUGGAUUUACAGCUCUGACCGAGCGAGUGAACACCAACUGCGGAUUACCCCACAACAACCCACCGGUACAUACCCAUAUGAGUUUCAACCAGGAAUUAUAAUUCAGUGGACCUGUGAAGAGAAGUUACAAAGCAGCUGAAUUAUGAUGGACAUUUACUUUUGAAUUAUGAAGUGGCCCUAGCAUCGGUUACAGGAGUGAAAGAGGUUGGUGAUUUUUUUUCAGUAUUAAAGAUUGUGAGGACUACAAACCAUGCCUCCAAGGCCAUCCUCGGGAGAACUAUGGGGCAUACAUUUGAUGCCCCCCAGAAUUCAGGUGGACUGUUUGCUGCCCAAUGGCAUCAUCCUGACGCUGGAGUGCCUCCGGGAGGCCACGCUUGUCACAAUCAAACAUGAACUGUUUAAGGAGGCGAGGAAGUGCCCUCUCCACCACCUGCUGCAGGAGGAGACCUCCUAUAUUUUCGUCAGCGUAACUCAAGAGGCGGAGCGUGAGGAGUUCUACGAUGAAACAAGGAGACUUUGCGAUCUUCGGUUAUUCCAGCCCUUCCUGAAGGUCAUUGAGCCUGUAGGAAACAGAGAGGAGAAAAUCCUCAAUAGAGAAAUCGGUUUUGCCAUUGGAAUGCCGGUGUGUGAGUUUGAUCUAGUGAAGGAUCCUGAGGUGCAAGACUUCAGGAGAAAUAUUCUUAAUGUCUGCAAAGACUCUGUAGAACUGCGAGAUGCCAGCGGGUCACACAGUCGAGCGCUAUACGUUUAUCCUCCUAACGUAGAGUCCUCACCGGAGCUUCCAAAGCACAUAUAUGGCAAAUUAGACAAAGGUCAAAUCAUCGUGGUUAUCUGGGUGAUCGUCUCUCCAAACAAUGACAAGCAGAAGUACACGCUGAAGAUCAAUCAUGAUUGUGUACCUGAGCAGGUGAUCGCUGAAGCCAUCAGGAAGAAGACCCGGAGCAUGCUGCUGUCAGCCGAGCAGCUGAAGAUGUGCGUACAGGAGUAUCAGGGCAAGUACAUCCUGAAGGUCUGUGGUUGUGACGAGUAUCUUCUGGAAAAGUACCCCAUCAGUCAGUACAAGUAUAUACGGAGUUGCAUUAUGUUGGGUCGCAUGCCAAACCUCAUGCUUAUGUCCAAGGACAGUCUUUAUACCCAGCUGCCCAUGGACAACUUCACCAUGCCCUCCUACGCCCGCCGUAUCUCCACCGCCACGCCUUACAUGAAUGGCGAGGCCUCCACCAAAUCUCUCUGGACCAUUAACAGCACUCUAAGGAUACGUGUCCUCUGCGCCACAUACGUUAAUGUGAAUAUUCGGGACAUUGACAAGAUUUAUGUGCGAACAGGGAUCUAUCAUGGAGGAGAACAGCUGUGUGACAAUGUAAACACUCAACGUGUCCCGUGUUCAAACCCAAGAUGGAAUGAGUGGCUGACCUAUGACAUGUACAUUCCUGAUGUCCCACGGGCAGCUCGACUGUGUCUGUCCAUCUGCUCUGUGAAAGGAAGGAAGGGGGCAAAAGAGGAGCACUGUCCACUGGCCUGGGGAAACGUCAACCUGUUCGACUACACGCACACUCUGGUGGCAGGGAAGAUGGCGCUGAAUCUGUGGCCGGUACCACACGGCCUGGAAGACCUCCUCAACCCCAUUGGGGUCACAGGCUCCAACCCUAACAAGGAAACGCCUUGUCUCGAGCUGGAGUUUGAUUAUUUCAGCUCUCCUGUGAAGUACCCUGACAUGGCCACCAUUGAGGAUCACGCUAACUGGAUAAUAUCCAGAGAGAUGGGAUACAAUUACUGUCAGUCCGGACAGAGCAGCAGACUGGCACGAGAUCAUGCCAUGACAGAGACUGAUAUAGAACAGCUUCGGCAGCUGAGCAACAGGGACCCGCUUUCUGAGAUCACAGAGCAGGAGAAAGACUUCCUCUGGAGACACAGGCAGUAUUGUGUAAACAUACCAGAUAUCCUGCCAAAGAUCCUACUGGCGGUGAAGUGGAAUUCCCGCGAUGAAGUCGCACAGAUGUAUUGCCUUCUUAAAGACUGGCCGGCAAUAAAGCCAGAACAAGCCAUGGAGCUGCUGGACUGUAACUAUCCUGAUCCAAUGAUUCGAGACUUUGCAGUUCGGUGUCUUGAGAAGUACCUGACCGAUGAUAAACUCUCUCAGUACCUCAUUCAGUUGGUCCAGGUUUUGAAGUACGAGCAGUAUCUUGAUAAUCCACUGGUGCGAUUUCUGCUAAAAAAAGCUCUUACCAACCAGAGGAUUGGACACUUCUUCUUUUGGCAUUUGAAGUCAGAGAUGCACAAUAAAACGGUGAGUCAGCGGUUCGGUCUGCUGCUCGAGUCGUACUGCCGGGCGUGUGGUAUGUACCUGAAGCACUUGAGCAGACAGGUGGAGGCCAUGGAGAAGCUCAUCAACCUCACAGACAUCCUCAAGCAGGAGAAGAAGGAUGAGACUCAGAAGGUGCAAAUGAAGUUCUUGGUGGAGCAGAUGAGGAGACCCGACUACAUGGAUGCCCUCCAAAAUUUCACCUCUCCACUCAACCCCGCCCACCAGCUGGGUAACCUGCGACUUGAAGAUUGUAGGAUCAUGUCCUCAGCCAAGAGACCGCUGUGGCUCAACUGGGAAAACCCUGACAUCAUGUCCGAACUUCUCUUCCAGAACAAUGAGAUCAUCUUCAAGAACGGAGAUGACCUGCGGCAGGACAUGCUAACCCUUCAGAUCAUCAGGAUAAUGGAGAACAUUUGGCAAAAUCAGGGGCUGGAUCUGAGAAUGCUCCCAUAUGGCUGCCUGUCUAUAGGAGACUGUGUGGGUCUCAUAGAGGUGGUGAGAAGUUCUCACACCAUCAUGCAGAUUCAGUGUAAAGGAGGCCUGAAGGGGGCGCUGCAGUUUAACAGUUCAACGCUGCAUCAGUGGCUGAAGGACAAGAACAAGGGCGAGAUGUACGACUUGGCGAUCGAUUUAUUCACACGAUCCUGUGCUGGCUAUUGUGUGGCCACCUUCAUUCUGGGCAUCGGUGACCGACACAACAGUAACAUCAUGGUGAAGGACGAUGGGCAGCUGUUUCAUAUAGAUUUCGGUCACUUUUUGGACCACAAGAAGAAGAAGUUUGGCUACAAGCGAGAGCGAGUGCCAUUCGUCUUAACUCAAGACUUCUUAAUAGUGAUCAGCAAAGGAGGAACACAAGAGUGCACUAAAACCAGAGAGUUUGAGAGGUUCCAGGAGAUGUGCUACAAGGCUUACUUGGCCAUCAGACAGCACGCCAACCUGUUCAUCAACCUCUUCUCCAUGAUGCUGGGCUCGGGCAUGCCAGAGCUGCAGUCCUUCGACGACAUCGCUUACAUCCGCAAGACCCUGGCGCUGGACAAAACCGAGCAGGAAGCCCUGGACUAUUUCAUGAAGCAGAUGAAUGAUGCUCACCACGGCGGAUGGACCACCAAGAUGGACUGGAUCUUCCACACCAUCCGACACCACGCCCAAAACUGAGCUGAAGCGAAUUUCGACCCACCGGCACAUAACGGGCCAAACCAAGACCUUUGUUCUGGGCCGUGCUGCUCGAUCUAUGCCAUAUGGAAUCGUGGCACCCAAACCUCAUGUACAAAUGACCUUCAGAGCACUAAAUCAACCCAGAAGGACUUUGUGUUUGUCCUCCAUACUGAGACGUGCUUGUACAUUAUAGCCUUGUCUUUUCCCCCUUGUGCUGCUCUUUUCCUGGAGAGUCAAUUCUACUUAUUAAUAUUUAUGAUAUUUUUGUUUUGUGGGGAAAAAAACAAAUGUUGUUUGAGAAAAGGGUUCUGUACUCUUCAGGAGCUUUGGCGGGAAUGCUCGCGUCUUCCUGUUUAAAACUACAAAUGCCUUCUAAUAUGCACAGAACCUCCGAGAACACUCUAGAAAACAGGGUAUGAAACCGUCUGGUCUGUUACCUGACCUUUAUUUACCAAACCAACACUAAUGCCCUGAAAGACAGUGGAGGUGUAACUGAUGGUGCUGAAGUGUGUCCUGUCCUUUGAGUGAUGGAUCAUAAGCUUUCUUCCUUUAUAUGCACAGCGAGCGCAAACGAUAACCUGUAUACCUGAUUAUGCACUGGAUGUUUUGAUUUUUCUAUGAAUUUUUUCAUAUUCUCACGUUCGUAGCACUACAUACUUGUAUUUCUCAUACAAAUGUCUCGUCUCCAUUACAACAUGUUCUCAAUAAUCACAUAACACUCUUCACUAACCACAAGAUAAUGGUGUAGCUCCUCUAGUGCUUGACCAAGAUGGCCAAUAUCUGAUUUAAUGCAGAUAUUUUCAUAAUUAAAUACUCAAUAUUUACUUGCCAUUCUGCCCCACAAAAAAAAAGCAUAACACUAAAACUCGGAUGAAUGUCCUCAGAAGUAUUUAGUGUGGAUUUUGACACAAAGGGGAACUACUGCUCGCCCAAGAGGUCUUUAAAGUAGUCGAAUAUCCGCCAAUGAAUCAAGCUGAUGUUUUUCUGGUUCCAGUGUGCAAAACAUCAGAGGAAUCCAGGUUAUCAGUAAUGACUCUAUGUGUUUUACCAGACAGCCGUAAUACACAUUUGCAUCGUAUGAACAGGAUAGGAAGUGCUCCCCCUUCAGUUGAAUCGGGGUGUUUGGAACAGCAUUUUUCAACCACACUAUAUCUGUUUGCAUAUGUUGACAUGUUUGACUGAUGCAGGAAAAAGACCGAUGGCCCUACUGUAUGUAAUUAUUCAGUAUUUUGAAAGAUUCUAUGGACGAAAUGGAUGUUUUAGAUGGUGAAAUGGCUUUGAGUGGGUGAAAUAUUAUUUACCACUGACACUACAGUGCAGCGCAGUAUCACUACAUAUACUAUAUAUAUGUACACACCCUCUGUCCUCCACAAUGUCUCCUUUUUGUAAGUGUGGACAAUGUGCAGUGAAUGUCUCCGAUGUGGCGCUUCAGCUUCUAACUUGGAUUGAGCAAUCAAGAUAAGUGAAUUUUCUUUUCUUUGUUUAAUCGGACGCAUGCAGUGUAUCGUGUAGUUAGUUAGGGUUAAUUUCGGGCUUUGAAAAGUGGCUCUCGCACUAAUUAACUAAAGCGUUCUUAUGGACAUGUAGAAACAGGAAGACGACGCCCUCUGUAGUCAGGUUAAGUGCCUUGCUUGGGGCCGACAGUUCAAUCCGCUCCCUUUGCCUGUUGAUUUACAAGCUCUCGAGCGUCUACGUCUUCAAUUCCCAAACAAACAAGCACUCCAGCAUCAGCACUAUCUGGCCCGGUGUUUUCUCUCUCGUCAGUUGAUCUAAAUGCCUGUCAUGUUUCUGCAUUACUUUAAAGCUGUGAAAAUGUACAUGUACAAAUGAGGUGCAAUCGUGCUAUUUAAAUGGAUAUAUACAGUAGAUACUGGCAGGAAACCAACCAAUACUAAUUCUCUCGCACACCUUUUUUUAUUAUGUUUGUUGUUUUGUUCUUGUUGCAGCUCACUAUGACGGUGAUCACACCCGCAUAACCGUCUUCAAACUAAAUAAACCGUUUAAAUGACGACUUAUUUCAAGGAUUUUUGCUAAAACCAUUUAAAAGAGUUUUCUUCUUAAAGUCUGCUAAAAUGAUGGGUAAUUCUGUUGGACCACAUCUGACGAUCAUCUGAUCAUUUUCUUAACCCUUCCUUGGUCUUAUAGGUCAAUUUGACCCUUUUGAAUUUUUAGCACUGAUUUACAUUAACUUAACUUUAAGUUUUUGGCCUAAAACUUCAUGACAACAGAGGUGAUCUGAACCUGACAAUGUCAUUUUUGUUUAUUUCAUGUAUUUAUACACAAAGCUACAAAAACAAAAAAAAGUCCCUACGUUGUCCUUAAGGGCCUUUUUAUGUUCAAUUUCAAAAGCUUAUAUUACAGGCUCUGUUUGCUCUAUCUCUCUAUUUUUGGUCUUAAAUCGUUCGUCCAGGUGUCAGCUAACACUAGCAAAACAAUUGUUUCUCUAUUACCAUCUAUUCCAAUAUACAGUUCUUAAAGGCAGGAGACGCCUCACUGCAGCUUAAAAAAUCUUGUUAAAAACGUUGAAAACGCUUGUAAUAAAUGUUCUGUUUGCUAUAUCUUCCUACUUUUAGUGUUAGAUCAUUCCACUAGAUGGCAGAAAACACAAAACAUUUUUUUUUUUUUUUUCUAUUACAACAUACAGAUCUGAAAAGCGGGGGCAUCCCAACGUUUGUGACUCCACCCACAGACAUCCAGUAUAUUUUGGAAGCCCCGCUGAACUGCAUUUUUGUGUCUGCAUUUGUAUCUUUUGCUAAGGUGUGUUUGUGGGUGUCUGUGUGUUGUAUGUGUGUGUGUAGUGUGUGUUGUGUGUGUUGUGAGUGUGUGGUGUGUUGUGUGUGAGUGUGUGUGUUGUAUGUGGGUUGUGUGUGUUGUGUGUGAAUUGUGUUGUGUGUGUGAGUUGUGUUGUGUUGUGUGUGAGUGUGGGUUGUGUGUUGUGUGUGUGUGUGUUGUGUGAGUGUGUGUUUGUUGUGUGUGUUUGUGUGUUGUGUGAGUGGUGUGCGUGUGUUGUGUGUGUGUGUGUGUGUGUGUGUGUGUGUGUGAGUUGUGUUGUGUGUGAGUGUGGGUUGUGUGUGUGUGUGUGUGUGUGUGUGUGUGUGUGUGUGUUCUUAUAAUAACAUUUUGACAUUUUCUACAAUGUUAUGGUGAGGCUUCUCAAAAAACACUGGAUGUCUAUGGCAGAGUUGGGGCUCCCCCUGCCUUUCAGAUCUGAAUAUUGUGAUAGGUGAUAAAGAGAAUUUAUUUUCUGGUUUUAGCUGGCACCUAGACAAACGAUUUAAGACCAACAAUAGAGCGAUAGAGCAAACAGAGCCUUUAUUACAAGCUUUUGAGAUUGAACAUAAAAAGGGUCAAUUUGACCCUCUAGGGUCAACGUAGGGACUUGACCUUUAAGACCACGGAAAGGUUAAUCAAUGUUUUUGUCUUGUUUUCCAGUGAAAAUAUCGAAACAUCCUUAAAGCAAGAGAUAUCGACUGGAGAUGCAAAAUUAUAAGUAAGACCAGAUUUGUGUUUCUUUUUUUUGCCACAUUAGUAAAUUGCCUUGUUUUAGGCAUAAUGUAAUUAGAUUGAGUGAGUUUUAUGCUCAAAACAAGGAACAACAAGAAAAAUAAACUGAAAACAAGACUUACAAAAUUUGACUUCUGAAGUAUGUUUAUUUUGUUGUUGAGUGAUUAACUGGAAGAUAGGGAUAGUGAUUAAUAAAACGAUUUUUUGACUUGCUGUUGACUUGCACACUUAUGCAGUAAUUUGCUGUUUAUACCUUUUUGUAAAAUUCGUAGUAACUCGUAUAUGCAGUAAACACGUGAACAGAUUGCCCUUAGACUGAUGUAUGCAGGUGUUUCGUGCACUUUUUAUUCCUCCGUUAUUUCUCUCUUUGCCUUCAGUCCUGUGGGACACUUUAAUCUCCUGCAUGUGUUUUAAGCAGCUCUUUUACUUGCUCGACUCAGCUGCUGUAGAAGUUAGUGACGGUCAGCAGCUUAUGUUCGCUCACCGAAAGCCAUUUAAUGCAUGCUUCUGUUCAAUCCUUGUGUUGUCGUCUGUACAGGCUACAGAUCUUGGGCUGGACCCGCUAAAAAUAAGCCCAUUCACAAUCAUCUAAUGUGAUUGAUAGCUUUCUAAUUGACAUUUCAUUUUAAAUCAUCGAACGACUCGCUUACAUAAUUUAUUGAGACGCAGAAAUUUUGGAGUCUUUUGUAUGGCAAAGGAAAAAAAGUAGGAGUUAAACAACAAAAUGUUUAAUAAGAUUCAGAUGUUGUACUUGAAUAUCAUUGCUCAGAAUCGUGUUUGCGUGUCAACAAAGCCGUCGAUGUUACAUAGCACUAAAGGUUUAUAUUCAUAGGCAAUUUCAUACCGAUUAUGAAUGUUUUACUCAUCAGAAACUCUACCACACCAAUAAAGAGAGAAAAAAAGAUAAUUUGAAUAUAAAGGAAAAUCAAUUGUACAUUUAUUUGCUGUUAUAUAAGACUGUCAGGAGUAUAUCGAUGACUCUAAUUAAUAAAAAGGUCAAAGCGG